CAAUAUCUUCUUAAGAUGAAACGCUUUGACCUGGCAAAAUUCACAAUUUAUCAAGUAGCAGAUAUGAACAAAGGUCUCCUUGAAUUGAGUCCUGUGCAGCAAGCACUCAUCUAUUCCUUUUGUAAAAGCCACGAUAAAGCUAUUCAAGUGUUACAAGCUCUCACUUUGAGUAAGCCUGAGCUGACCACGUUUGCUCUGCUAGCAAAAGCCCAGAUGAAGGCCAAGAGAAACAAGGAAGCUGUGAGAACAUUUAAAAAGGCAUUGGAGGUAUUUGCUAAGUCUGAUAAAGGACCGAAUGCUGUAACGGCUUCUGCUGACUGUCUGUAUCACUUGGGACUUUGUUACAUGGAAGAAGGCAAUUUACAAAUGACAUAUAAACUAGCGAUUACAGAUUUAAGUAUAGCAAUCAGGAUGGACAAAAACAGCUAUAUUGCGUUUUAUAACAGAGCAAUAUGUUACACCAAAAUAAAUGAACUUCAAAUGGCAUUAAUAGAUUAUGGAAUUGUCCUCCUUCUCGAUCCUGGAGAAACGAUAACAUUAAACACCUUUGUCAAUCGUGGGUGCAUCUACACGGAACUACAGCAGUAUGGCUUAGCAUUAGAGGAUUUUAAGCAAGCUGCGCUGAUAAGCCAGACUAAUGUGGACCUUUGUCAAGCUUCUGGUAUGUGCCACCACAGAAUUGAUGAGUUUGAAGAUGCUGUCAAUUUCUUCACUAAUGCUCUUAAAAUCAAUCCACAUUUUGUGGACGCCUAUGUCGGACGAGGAAAUGCUUACAUGGAAUACGAUCAGAACGAGGCCACCAAGCAAGCACAGAAGGACUUUGUGAAAGCGUUGCAUUUUAAUCCAAUGCACACAAAAGCCAGAAUUAGUUUAGGCUAUAAUUUGCAGGCCCAAGAAAAAUUCCAGAAAGCUUGGAAUCAUUUUACCAUAGCCCUGGAAAUUGAGUCAAAGAACUAUAUAGCGUAUGAAGGAAGAGCUAUGGUAUGUCUUCAGAUGGGGAAUAAUUUUGCUGCAAUUCAGGAUAUUAAUGCUGCCAUCAAGAUCAAUACUACAGCAGAAUUCUUAACAAAUCGUGGUGUGAUUCAUGAGUUUAUGGGUCAACAACAAAAUGCAAUGAAAGACUAUCAAGCAGCAAUUUCUCUAAACCCCGAGUACUCCCUGGCUUACUUUAAUGCAGGAAAUAUCUACUUUCACCACAGGCAAUUUUCCCAGGCUGGUGACUAUUUCUCAAAGGCUUUAGUGUUUGAUCCCAAAGAUGAUUGUGCACUCAUGAAUCGAGCUGUUAUAAAUACAAUAUUAAAGAAAUAUGAAGAAGCAGAAAAAGAUUUUGCAAAUAUAGUAGACAACUGUCCCCUCUGGGCUGCAGUAUAUUUUAACAGAGCAAACUUCUACUAUUGUUUAAAUCAAUAUGAAAUAGCUGAGGCAGAUCUUACUAAAGCUCUAUCUUUGAAGCCUAAUGAUCCUUUGGCAUACAAUCUUAGAGCAAAAGUUCGUGGUAAGAUAGGUUUGAUUGAAGAAGCUAUGGCUGAUUAUAACCAAGCCCUGGAUCUUCAAGAAUAUGCCUCAGUUAUUUGAUUACAUAGACCACGGCUUCUGUAGUAGUUUUCACAGC